GAAACAUGCAGAACUAUCCACGGUCUCAAAUCGUCGAAGAGGGCUAUGAUCCCGACUGGCCCGGUGGAGAUACCAUGUUCGGCGCGAUCGCAGACGGAGAUGAACGAGCUUUAUCUUACGUCGCACGUCCUGAGAAAUUAUGUUCGAAACGGCAAAGUAAUGCGCAGAUUUGGUUUGCGAAUGCCCCGCCCGUUGAAGCGAUACCACCACCUGGGAGGGAGGGGUGGGAUGAAGGGAUUUUUGAAAGAGAGAAGGCGAUUUGUCCUGUGCCGGAAAAGGAUUUGUAUUCUGGUGCUGGGGAUCCGCUUGAACCGGUCGCCGAAGCUUCGCGGAGUGAGAGCGAAUCGAAACGAAAAGAAGGGAAUGUUGAAGAAGCAACUGAAGCAUUCCUGCAGGAAGAGAAGAAUGAAGAGCCAGUCGAAAGUCGAGAUUCGGGCCCCUUGGUGGGCGAAGGCCUAGCGUUACCACGUGGUAUUGUUGGAUCUCUGAAGAGGAAGAAGAAAGCCGAUAGUGUCUAGCAUAUCAGGCUGGAUAGCCGAGUGACGAGUGACCAGGCAAUCAUGGAUUUCGAUGGUAGGGUUUUCAGGAUGUGUUGCACCAAAGCGAAGUCUUAUGCAUGGCAUGUGCUGUAGCCUAUGAGUUGCCUAUUCUUGUAUAACGCCAGGAGGAUUGACAUGGGAGC